AUGAAAUGGACAUCAAUGGGAUAUUUCCUUUUGGCGAUCUCAACAUGUUGGUGUGGAAGUGCGUGCACGUGUGACAUGCAUUGUGAGUGGGUGGAAGAAAGCUUCACCAAUUUUGAGCAAGGAAUUAACUGGAGAUCCUUCGUGGUAUGUGACGUAGCGUACAGUAACGUGAAUAACUGGCUCUGGACACCAUUUGUGGAGCGAAGGGAGGCCAGUAGAAUAUACAUCGAGAUCAAGUUCAGUAUGAGGGACUGCAAUCUGUUCCCUGGAAUGGCGCUUUCUUGCAAAGAAACUUUUUCUCUUCUUUACUAUGAGUUUGAUGCAGCGACUAAGGAGCCCCCACCGUGGGAACCAGACUCCUAUAAGCUCGUGGACCGUAUCGCAGCAGACGAAGGUCGUUUCACUUCCACCAGUGAGGUCAUCAUCAAUACCGAAAUUCGCAGUGUUCCAGUCACAAAAAAGGGGGUGUAUUUCGCCUUCCGCGACCAGGGGGCUUGUUUAUCGCUGAUAGCCAUCAAAGUUUACUACAUGAUUUGCCCAAAUAUCACAGUCAACUUCGCCUUCUUUCCAGACAGCCCCACAGGUCGAGAGGUUACAGAGAUCUUGGAGGUGGAAGGUCAGUGUGAACCAAACUCUGAUAUCGUGGACCAGCCCAAGAUGCUCUGUAAAGGAGACGGAAACUGGACACUGCCCUCUGGUGGAUGCAAAUGCAAAGCCGGGUAUGAACCGAUGAACCAGAAUUGUCAAG